AUGGCAGAGACACAUAGCAAGAACAGAACCAUGCGGUCGGUCGUUUUUGAUGGCCAGCCGUUCGAGGUUUAUGUCCGUGAUAUCCCGAAGGCAAAGGUCGUCAGGCGAACGGAUGCUGUGGUUCAGGUCACUUCAGCAGCUAUCUGCGGCUCUGACCUGCACAACUACCACGGCGUCUUUGGUAGCGACCAGGUGCCUUAUUCUAUUGGGCAUGAGGCCAUGGGUAUUGUCAAGGAAGUUGGAGCAGAUGUUGCAUCCGUGAAGAUUGGGGAUCGCGUCAUUAUACCUGACUUCCCUGAUGACGUCGGGCUGGAUCUAGAACCAACGAUUAACCCUGCAAUUGCAUUGUAUGGAGAAGGCCAUCAAUUUGGUGAUUUGGGAGGUUGCCAAGCCGAAUUUGUGCGCGUCCCACUCGCGGACAAGUCCUUGAUUGUUCUCGGUAAGGAAUUCGAUGGCAUCAAGGAUGAAGAUCUAGUUCUUCUUUCAGACAUCUUUCCUACUGCCUGGGCGGGAGUCACUUGGUCGGGCUUCGAGGCUGGAGAUACGAUCGCUAUUUUUGGGGCAGGCCCACUUCUAUUGGAGCCAUUCCGAUCAACUUCACGAAGGGCGAACCGUCGGCGCAGAUUCUGGCCCGGGAAUCAGGUGGCGUCCAGCGCACCGUAG